AUGGCUUCGCCUUCUACGUCUCCUGAUGAUGUAAAAUUGACCGAGGACGGCAAGAUCUGUCUCGAUGAUCCGACCGAAUACUUGAAACGAAAACCGAAGAAGAGUAUUCUCAAAAUGAAACAGGAUUCGUCUUUGGAAGGCAAGGAUGGACGCGCUCAUUUUGAUGAGAUGAACAUUUUGGCGACUUAUCAUCCAGCGGAUAAGAAUUAUGGAAAUAUGAAGAUAGAUGAACCUAAAACACCUUACCAUCAUGAAUUGGAGGUCGAAGAUAGUUUGGAUGCGCCGUCGGUUCGACCACGGCGAGUCUCGCUAGGAAGCGCUAUCGAUCCUGAGAAGAUCGCCGAAGGACUCGCCAACGCAGAGCAUGGAAGACCGUUGUCAUCGGCUGAAGAAUCGGACAAUGACGAUGAUUUGACCGAGGAGCAGAAGCAACACAAACGCGAGUUUGAGAAGAAACGCCGCGCACACUACGACGAGGGUGCCGCCCUUCGUAUGCACCUGGCAGAGAAAGACGACGACGACGAAGAAGAAGAGAAAAUGGAACAAUAA